GUGAUCCUCUGCGCUCCCGAGUGUCGCUGAUGACGAGGUGAAAAUGGCGGAUCUUUCGAAAUCCGACCCGCGGCCCGAAAUAGCAGCGCGGCUACAAGCAAACUGAACGUCUCCGGCUGCGCUUGAGGAGCUGUCGUGGGCGACUCUGCUUGUCGCGGGGGCUGCAGGGUCGCUCAUCUCCGGCGGAACGGGGCGGCCGGGGUGCGGUGGCAGUGGGAGCGGGCUCGUCGUCGGAAGUGGCAGCGCGAGCGGCGGUCCCGCCAGAACGCGGCAAUGGUGCUAAGCUAACUAGUCUAGCGGCGUCUCGUCGAGGAGGGACAGCGAGUCUCAGUCUGUGGGAUCCGAGGGCCCCAUCGUGGUCAAACUGAAGGAUUCUGAAGAUGGACGUGGUAUCACCAGAGCUGAAUAGCAUCCUCCCAGAUGAGAUCAUGGACACAGAGGCUAUUGUGAUAGAGGAGGAGCUCCCAGCAGAUGCCACUGUGCCUUUAGCCCAGGUAGAGCUGCCGACACCAGUGCCCAUGGAAACAGAGCUACCAGAGAUUGUUAAUCUGAGCUCGGCUGGAACCCCUAUGCAGAGGACGCAGGCCCUGACCACAUCCACCAGCACGGACUCCAGCCACUGCAGCAUGGGCUCAGGUACCCAGCUGCUUUUGACUGCCUCAGUGGCACCCAGGCCAGCCACACCUGCUGUCUCCAAGUCCACCAGCCCAGGGGUCAGCGGAGGGCUGCAGCGGCUCACCACCCCCUUUGCCAUUCAGGGUAACCACCAGAUCAUCCUCAACAAGGUGUCUGCCACAGCAUCCUCUGACGAGAAGUCACCCAGCCCCCAUGUGCUGAAACAGGAGGGACAAAAGCUAGUGGUCACGGGCCUGAGCAAGUCAGGGCAGCCUAUUGUGCUGGCAUUGCCACACACUAACCCAAAGCCUGGCUCAGCACAGGCCACAGGGGAUGCUAAGGCCCAAACGCAGCAGUUCAAGGUGGUCACCAUUGGGGGCCGGCCGGACCUUAAGCCUGUAGUGGGGGUACAGGCAGUAAGCACAGCCAGCCAGCUGUUGGGAACCACUCAGCAGUCGACCCUGCAGACUCAGCAGCUGAAGACUGUACAGAUUGCUAAGAAAACGCAAGCAUCUUCAUCAGGACCAAUGAUAACCAAGUUUAUCAUCACAAAACCUCUGAAUAGCAAAGGUGUGUCGGGUCAGACAUCAGUGUCACCAGUUAUUACAGGAAGAGUAAUUCCUCAGAACACGCCAGGAACUCCCCCACGGACCAUUUCCAUCUCAGAGACGUCUGCUGUGCAGACAGUCUCCAGCAGCAAGGUCCCCAUCUCACCCCUCAAGUCCCCCAGUAAGCUCACCGUCGUCUCUGUGGCUUCUCAGUCUCCCAGCUCCCCUCAAAAGUCAGUAGCUCUGCCUAUAAAUGUGGCCCUUGGCCAGCAGAUCCUGGCAGUCCAGCAGUCCACGGCCACAUCACCAGCCAAAGGGGUCUCCAACAGCUCAACCCCUCAAACAAUGAAGCCAGUGCAAACGGUAGCGGUUGGGGGAGUGGGAACACCACAGUUCAAGACCAUCUUCCCCUUGACCACACCUCCCAACGUGCAACAGAUCCAGGUGCCCGGUAGCAGGUUCCACUAUGUGCGGCUGGUCACAGCCACGACAGGAAGUGGAGUAACCGCGACGGCGAGCACCAGUACCAACUCGCCGGCCAUUCAGCCAGCAGCCAAACCAAUGGUGGUGAACACGGCAGCAAUGAGGAUGUCUGUCCCCAUUGUUCCAGCACAGUCCAUGAAGCAGGUGGUGCCUAAGCCCCUGACCUCCUCAGCUCCCCAGGUGGCAACCAGCAGCCAGACACAGCAGCGCCUCAUCAUGCCUGCCACACCAUUACCUCAGAUCCAGCCGAACCUGACCAACCUGCCCCCAGGCACUGUGCUGGCUCCAGCUCCUGGGGCAGGCAACGUAGGUUACGCUGUACUGCCAGCACAGUAUGUUACACAGCUCCCACAAUCCACGUUUGUGACCCUGGCCAGCAGCAGCAGCAGUUUCUCCACUCCAACCGGCAUUCAGACUCAAGCCAGGCUCUCUCUUAACGGUUUAUCAACAUCCGAUUCAUCUUCAAGACCACGAAAACCCUGCAACUGCACAAAGUCACAGUGUCUGAAACUGUACUGUGACUGCUUUGCCAAUGGAGAAUUCUGCAAUAAUUGCAACUGCACUAAUUGCUUCAACAAUCUUGAGCAUGAGACAGAGCGCCUGAAAGCCAUCAAGGCAUGCCUGGACCGGAACCCAGAGGCCUUCAAGCCCAAGAUUGGCAAGGGGAAAGAAGGCGAGUCAGACCGCAGGCAUAGCAAGGGCUGCAACUGCAAACGUUCGGGUUGCCUGAAGAACUACUGCGAAUGUUAUGAGGCCAAGAUCAUGUGCUCAUCGAUCUGUAAAUGUGUGGGCUGUAAGAACUUCGAGGAGAGCCCAGAAAGGAAGACUCUUAUGCACUUGGCAGAUGCUGCAGAGGUCCGGGUCCAGCAGCAGACUGCUGCCAAGACCAAGCUGUCUUCACAGAUAUCGGACUUGUUGACCAGAACCAUGCCAGCUAUUACUAGUGGCGGGGGGAAGCUACCCUACACUUUCGUCACUAAGGAAGUGGCCGAGGCGACGUGUGACUGCUUGAUGGAGCAGGCAGAGCAGGCUGAACUGACCGACCAGCCCCAUGCGGUUGCAGAGAGGAUGAUCUUGGAGGAGUUUGGCCGCUGCCUGAUGAGAAUCAUUAGCUCUGCAGGCCAAGCCAAGGCUGACUGCUCCAUCAACUGCUAGGUCGGAGGGCCCACUGCUGCUGGAGCAGUGGCUGGUAAUUGCCGAGGACAGGUUGAGACGGCAUUCCUCCCUCAAAUAGCCUCACUGCCCUGUUCGUCUGGCCAGUUUCUGACCCCAGAACUGUGGAGGCUACCCUUGGGCCUGGUGAGGAUGAGGCCCAACUGGAACUCUGGCUCCAGUAAAAUGCUGACCUCAGUCUCACCCCUUCACCUCUUCAGACAGAAGCCAGAGAAGUAGACAGCCUUGGUUGGGGUGGAAUGUGGUGUCAGAGCUCCCCUCCCCUGCUGCACUCCACUAACUGCUGUGCCUAAUCCAAUUCCCUGGGCAGCAAAACUCGGGAAGGAUGGUCUCACCAAAGGAAAAAGCGUUGAGUAAGAGGGAAUGAAGACUGGUGGAGUUUCAGUGUACCCGUGUGACCAGGAUUUGUUUGCUUUUGGGAUUUUGUUUUAGAGGCUAUGUACAGUUUUGAAGUAAAUAUUUUUAUGGAUUUUCUUUCUUUGUGGAUAUGCCCCACCAUUCAUGUCAUUCUUUUUUUUUUUUUUUUCCCCCCCCGUUUCUGCUUCUCAUUUGCCUUGCAGGUGUGUUAUCAUUACUUGUGACCUCCACAGCAAGAGGAAGUAGGCAAGGUGAUCUCUCCAUAUCUCUGAAAGUUCACUUUAUUAUAAUCAUGUUUUUAGUAUACAGUAAGUAGGCCUUACUGUGGGUUGUAUGAAUGCAUAAUAUAUACUACAUCUUAAAGAUCCUUAGUUUCAGCUGGUGUUUAAUGAAUAGGCAGAGACUCCUGGGAGAGAGCCAUCUUACUAAUACCAUUGAAAGAGAUCAUAAACACCUCAGUUGAAGAAAGGACUUUCCCACAAAUUUCGUUCAGUGUGUCCCCAAAUUAGUAUUGUUUACUUGUGGAUGGCCAAACAAAGUGCAUACAUUGCAUUUGGUAGCAGUUAUAUUGUACACAGACUGAAGGUUAUAAAUUAAUAUUCACUUAACUGAAGGCUUAAAUGGCAUUUGUGUCUGUAUUAGUGGUAAUAUUCAAAGCCUGCUUUUAUGGCACUAAUCAAUUGCAAAAUCACACUGCUGUUGGCACCAGUUUGAUUUCUGCAAUAAAAUUGUGCCUGUGAGUUUAAUGUAACUCAUAAACUAUGCUUUUAAAGCAACAAUCUAUUCAGUUUAAUUUUUCUAAAGAAAUCUUUAAAGGUAUAACAGACAUGGCAGUGUUUUCCUCUUGACCCAUUCAAUAUACACAAGUAUAUUUGAUAAUUAUUUGACUGAAAAGGUUUUCAGCCUGUGAAGGGUCAAGUUUUCUUCUAUAGUGGAAAUCACAUACCUUUAUAGACGUUUAUUGUCUAAUACAGCCAUUCGGUCGACACGAGGACUAACACAUGUAGUAUGUUAAAAUAACUAAUGGGUUUUUCAAUCAACAUUAAGACUCUGCUUUGUCAAAUAUCUUGAAUGCUAUAUGGGUUAUUUAAAACUGAGGAUUACGUUGUGCUUCAGUGAGGUGCAGUCCAUCCUUAUUAAUCUAUGCCACCUAUGUACACGUCACGUGUCACGUUUUGUCCUUGAUUAAAGAACUGGCUUAACUUCUAGCAAACUUGAUUUAUUACCUCCAAGGGACCGUCACAAAUCAAAUAAUUAAGACUGGACUCGUAGAGUCAAUACUGUUUCUUAAUAUGAUUGGCAGUCCAGUUUGUUUUGCAAGUGCCAGUAUUUAUAGCCAUCCCCAUGAAUCUCCUCUCAUUUUUUUCCCCCAAAAUAGACUUUUAUAUCUGAAAUGCCCCAUUCAACUUCAAACAACAAUGUUUUGUACCUUAACAUCACCUUGAAAGGGCUGUAUUAAACUGAGAUAACUUGCAUUACAGUGCGGAUGUUUUACUUUUGAAGAGUGCCUUCUCUAAGUGAACUGGUGAAUCUGGGUAUAUAAAGUACAAAUGGAGAAUUAAGAUGGACAUAAAUGUACAAUUUUAAGAACAGCUUUUGUAAUUUAUAUCCCCUGCCAUUUAAUUCCUGCACAGUUUAAUUUUAUAAUUAGGUCUUGUAUCUUGAAAACAUCUUUUGUUGGUGAUACCAAUUGCUGGGAUGGUGUGUGUAUGUGCUUUGAACUGUCUAACAAAAUAAUCACUACCAGAAUGUGGUUGUUGAUGGUAGCAUAACUAUAUUCCCAAGAUACACAUGCCUUAAGUUUCUCUUUUGCUCAGGGCAUCAAGGAGUAAACCCUUCCUGCUUCUUUCAUUUACAGUACCUGUAUUUAAUUUUUGCUGAGAAUUUUGCCAUGAUGGAUAAAUGUAUGGUGAUUGGGGAAAGGGGGGGGGGAAACACUUCCGAAGUGGUGAAUUUUAAAUUGUCAGAUUGUACUUUCUGUAGGCUACCUUUAAUUAUGCUAGUGUUAUGGUGCCAUAUGAAAAUGUGGCAAUCCCUUGACAUAAGAAUAUUGUAUUGCUCUUUUUGCCUGGGUGUUUCAUUGCUGUCUCCACUCCCCCCUUCACUUACGCAAAUGAUGCAGCCAGCGAUGACUUUUAACGUUUUAUCAAGAAAUUUCUAAAGUAACUUGACCAUAUCAUUUCACAUUUGGGUUAAUAUUAACUGUUUUAAUAACGGAUAUCUGUUGAAAUAUAAUUUGCGACUAUAAUGUUGCUCUGUGGAAGAAGUCAGUUCUGUUUCAUCUGGGGUGCAGGAUAUAUUGUUCGGAGUAAGUUUUGUUUGUCCCCUCAUAGAAAUGUUUUUUGUCCCCCAGCACUACUCUGAGUAGUAUAUAAGAGACUGCAUUAACUGCACAGUCAUACAUCCAAAUUCUUUCAGUAGGUAGCUUCCAAAGGGCUGGCAGUACACACAAGCACAAACCCAAAACCAUGUUUUUUUUUUUUUUUU